AACGUCGAGACGGAGGCGGCGGCCAACAAAGGCGGGACCGCGGGGGGCACGGACUGGAUGCAGGAGCUCAAGCUGGCGUCCACUGUCCUCGGAAAUGACAAGGCUGCGAACGUUGGCUUCCUGCUGCGGCUGGCCGACAAGCAGUUCAAGUGCUUCGAGGAGUGGUUCCCCGAGCAUGAGUCGAAGUGCCUCCGCGUGCUGCUCAGGGGCACGAAGUACAAGGACGUGGAAGCGAAGGUGGUGUCCAAGGCAUGUGGGCAAACGGUCGAUGCCGAUGCCGUGGAGGCGGUCGCGAGCCCGGUCGUGCGGAACGUGGUCGUCGCUUGGGGGAAGGUGAACGAGUGGUUGGGCCCGGCGUGCUCGAAGGAGGCGGCCGCGUUCGUGGCCGAGGUCUUCUUGGACGUCAUCCACGUGUCCCUCGGCGCGUGUCCACGAGGGGCGCGCGCCGAGGGAGACGUGGACAUCGCCACCAAGGCGCAGCAGCACAAGAGCUUGUGGGAGGUCGUGAACACGCCGGUCUUGCAGGCUGCCAUCAAGGCGUUCGGCGACGAGAAGAUGCAGGCUGAGGCCAAGGCUCUGCUCGCGCUCAAGGGGGCCGGGGAGCCUGCGCCCGCGGUCCAGCAGGAGCCGGCGGCGGGGGCCACGCAGAAGCCGGCGGCGGGGGCCACGGAGAAGCCGGGGGCGGCGCCCGCGCCCGCGCCCGCGGCGGCGGCGGCGGCAGCCGCCGCCGCGGCCUCCGCGGCGGGGCAGAUUAUCCCGGGGGCGACCGUGAUCAUCGCCAAGUGCACGAAAAAGCCGCAUCACUACUUGGACAUGAAGGCCAAGGUGAAAUCCGUGGCCUCGAAUGGGAAGGACGUGAGGGUCGUGAUGCUCGAGGGUGAGAAGAAAGAUACCGUGACCAGCAGGAAGAUGGACGACCUGCGCUACCACGCAGAGGACGAGGUCAAGAAGCCGGAGGCCCCGCCCAUGGACCCGGCGACAGUAUUCGGCGAGGAGGUGCCGCCCUUCGACUGA